AUGAAAGUAACUGUACGCAAAGGUGGAACAUACAAAGAACAUUUUGUGCCAUCCCACGCUGGUCACAAAGAAGAUUUGAGGCACCUGCCGCUGAGUCAAAAAGAGCGGGAAACCUUAGCAACAGAUACUGCAAUGGAACUUCCGUAUGACAAAGUUCUAGAUAACGUAUGGACAAGUUUGCAGGAUUCAGAGUUGCAAAGAAUCCAUUUGUCUACCAAGAAUAAUGUCGAUGUUUUAAGUAUAUUUUUACAGUACGUAAAAUCACAGGUUGGACCAAUUUACACCAAUGUAUUCAUGUCUGAUUUGGCAGAGUCAUACAGUAAUGCAUGGAACAGGACAAUGGGUGCUCCUAAGAUUAGACUCUAUUGUACCUGGCAUGUGGACAGAGCAUGGAAAACUAAUAUCAAGCGGAAAAUUGCAGAUCUGGAUAAAAGAAAUCAGGCGUACCGGGUCAUUAAAUCAGUGUCAAUGUUGAGAAAUGUAAGUAUGUUUCAGGAAUCACUGCAAAAAGCACUGCAGAAGCUCAGGAGUGACCCUGACACAUCAGAAUUUGCUUCAUACUUCAAGACGCACUAUGAGGGAAAUGUGGAGUGUUGGGCCUACUGUCACAGAAUGUAUGCUGGUCUCAAUACCAACACGAAUGUGGAGAGUAUGCAUAGGACGUUAAAGGAGAUACAUGGUAAUGCAUGGCAGAUAAAACCACUGGACAAAGGCAUAUCUACACUAAUGUCCCUAGUUACAGCCAAGAUGUUUGACUGGCUUAUAGCAAAUGUAAAAGGGAAGAUUACAAGCAAAGUUCAAGACAUUUGUAAUAAUCACAAAACUAGUUUGUUAAUGGACAAGGACCUCAUCACUGAGGUAGAUGGUGGUUCGGAAGCACCAUCCACAUCAUCUUCAGAGGUGUACAUUGUUAAAGAUAACACAGACAUCUGUGAGCAUGAAUCAAAAUGUAGUGAUUGCAAUGUGUGCAUACAUACGUAUUACUGUACAUGUAUGGAUUACUAUAUUAGAUUCAAUAUAUGUAAGCACGUUCACCCUGUUUUCCAUGACAGUGUCUGUGAAAAUCCCUUGCAAAGUCCAGAGGUACUGGGUACUGAUGAUGAUGUUGAAGCCACCAGUGAGAGAGAAGCAAUAUUAGCCGAAGCAAAUGUAGGAGCUGUUCGAGCCCAAAACGAUUAUUUCAGACAAACAGAUAAGGGCCACAAAAGAAAACUUAUGCCACAGAGGAGGCUGUUUCCUACCAAGAAGAAAACAGCAUGUAAUAUUUCUCUGGCUGUUCCAAAUGCUGAAGAAAGCUGUGAAAUAGUAAAAUCACUUCUGAAUGAGGGCCUGGACAUUGUUGCUGUGCAGCAUGAUUAUGCCAUACCAAAUGUGCAACAGAGCACAACAGUCCAGAUUACACCCCCUCAACAGCAGAAUGGGAGACGGUCUCAGUUUGCAAUAUGUGCAACACGAGGAAAAAGAAACUCCAUCCCUUGA